GCUCUUCACACCAGCAUACACAUCGCACUGCUCUGUCCCCCCCCCGGUGCAAUCGUUCGCCAUGGCCGACAACAAUAUCUCCUACACGGUCGUACAGCAAGACGACGACAGAGAUCAGCCCUCGGUCCAGGAUCUGAAAAGCGCUCUGGAGAAUGGAAAGGACGAGGCCAAGAUCGAGACGAUGAAGAAGAUUCUGAUGAUCAUGCUCAACGGCGACCCUCUGCAGUCGCUGUUGAUGCACGUCAUCCGAUUCAUCAUGCCCUCGCGCAACAAGGCGCUGAAGAAGCUGCUGCUGAUCUACUGGGAGAUUUGUCCCAAGCACAACCCAGAUGGCAAGCUGAAGCAGGAGAUGAUCCUGGUCUGCAACGCCCUCCGAAACGACCUCCAGCACCCCAACGAGUUCAUUCGUGGUGCCACCCUGCGCUUCUUGUGCAAGCUGCGCGAGCCCGAGCUGCUUGAGCCGACCAUUCCCUCCGUCCGCCAGUGCCUGGAACAUCGCCACUCGUACGUCCGCAAAAACGCCAUCCUGGCCAUUUACACCAUCUUCAAGAACUUUGAGUUCCUGAUCCCGGACGCCCCCGACCUCAUCUCCAACUACCUUCUCAACGAGAACGAUAUGAACAGCCGCCGCAACGGAUUCGUCAUGCUGAUGAACACCCGCCCUCAGCUGGCGGCGCAGUAUGUCAACCAGGUCUUUUCCCAGAUCGUCACCUUUGAUGAGCUCCUCCAGCUGUCGAUCAUCGAGUUUAUCCGCAAGGACUGCCGCAAUCCCAACGCAGACAAGGCCAAGUACAUCCAGUGUAUCUUUUCGCUGCUGCACUCGUCGGCCCCCACCGUCAAGUACGAGGCCGCCACGACCCUGGUUGUUCUGACUUCCCACUCCUCUGCCGUGAAGGCCGCUGCAUCGUGCUAUAUCGAGCUUGUCAUCAAGGAGUCCGAUAACAACGUCAAGCUUAUUGUUCUCGACCGCCUGAAUGAGCUGCGCGAGCGCCACGAGAGCGUUCUGGAUGAUCUCGCUAUGGACAUUCUGCGCGUCCUCUCCAGCCCCGAUAUUGACGUGCGUCGCAAAUGCCUCAAGAUCACCAUGGAAAUGGUGUCCAGUCGCAACGUCGACGAGAUUGUCAACUUCCUGAAGAAGGAGCUUGUCAAGACCCACGAGGCUGAGUACGAGAAGAACAACGAAUACCGUCAGCUCCUUAUCCACGCCGUGCACUCGUGCGCAAUGAAGUUUUCCAAGGUCGCCGAGAGCGUCGUGCAUGUUCUGAUGGAGUUCCUGGGCGAAACCAGCAACUCCUCGGCCGUGGAUGUCAUCUCGUUUGUGAGAGAGGUCAUUGAAAAGUUCCCAGGUCUUCGUCAGAGCAUCGUCACUCGUCUGCUCGACAGCUUUACCGACAUGAAGACCGGCCGAGUCUUCCGCGGUGCUCUGUGGAUCAUUGGUGAAUAUGCUCUGGAUGGUCCAGCCAUCGAUCGUGCCUUUGAGCAAAUCCGUGCCGGUCUGGGUGAACUUCCCAUCCUUGCCUCGGAACAGCGCUUGCUCGAGGAAGACGAAGCCGACUCUGGCGAGGCCAAGGGCGAAACCCCAAGCAGCCAAGCUCCUGCCGCUUCGCGCCGCGUCUUGGCCGACGGCACCUACGCCACUGAGAGUGCCUUCACCUCCCGAGACACUCAGUCCAAGGCUGAUGCCCGCAAGUCCUCAGCGAAGCCGCCGCUGCGUGGCCUUCUCCUCAACGGCGAUUAUUUCCUUGGCGCUGUUCUGUCCUCGUCGCUUGUCAAGCUAGUGCUGCGGUAUGCUGAGUUGAGCCAGGACUUCCUCAAAACCAACUCGCUCCGUUCCGAGGCCAUGCUGAUCAUGACAAGCAUCAUCCGUGUCGGCCGCUCCGAGUUUUCGUCCUCGCCCAUCGACGAAGACUCCAACGAACGCAUCAUCUCUUGCCUGCGAGUUCUCUCGGCCACGCCAGGCAGCGAGGGCAUCCUGAAGGACGUGUUCCUCCAGGACUGUCGCAGGGCUUUUACCCAGUUGAUCAACGCCGAGCAGAAACUCGUCGAGGAAAAGAAAAAGUCCAAGAAAUCCGUCAAGGUCCAUGUCGACGACGCCAUUUCCUUCCGCUUGCUCAAGACCAAGAAGACUGGCGGCGAUGGCAUCGACGAGGACUUGGAUCUGGAUCGCGCCACUGGUCAGACCGAGCGAAACGAAGCGCUGGUCUCCAAGCUCAACCGCAUCGUUCAGCUGACAGGUUUCUCUGAUCCCGUCUAUGCCGAAGCUUACGUGAAUGUGCAUCAGUACGACAUUCUCCUGGACGUCCUGAUCGUCAACCAGACCGGCGAAACCCUGCAGAACCUCACCCUCGAGUUCUCCACCCUGGGCGACCUCAAGCUGGUCGAGCGCCCGUCUCCCCAGACCAUUCCUCCCCACGGCUUCCACAGCAUCAAGGCCAACAUCAAGGUUUCAUCGACCGAGACGGGUGUGAUCUUUGGCAACAUUGUCUACGAUGGCUCCUCUGCGCUCGACACCCACUGUGUCAUCCUCAACGACAUCCACAUCGAUAUCAUGGACUACAUCAACCCGGCCUACUGCACCGAAACCCAGUUCCGGUCGAUGUGGAUCGAAUUUGAAUGGGAGAACAAGGUCCUGGUGAACACCAAUAUUACCGACCUGCGCGAGUAUCUCAACCACAUCAUGAAGAGCACCAACAUGGCUUGCCUGACCCCUGAGCACGCGCUUUCGGGUGACUGUGGCUUCUUGGCUGCCAACCUGUAUGCCCGCAGCAUCUUUGGCGAGGAUGCCUUGGCCAACAUCUGCCUGGAACAGCAAGAUAAUGUCAUUUCGGGCCACAUCCGCAUCCGAAGCAAGACCCAGGGCGUUGCCCUGAGCCUGGGCGACAAAAUCACCCUCAGCCAGAAGAAAGUCGCAUCCACCGCCGGCGAUGUCGUUGUUUGAUGCAUCCUGAUCACAGCAGAUGCCCUCCGGCUCACAGCGUUCGCAAACCGAAACAGGACCACCUGAUUUCGAGGACAUUGGUUGCGUUCGCUGGUUUCUGAAUACACAUGUCCACCCGCCUCCCUAUC